GCCUUUCACCACUGGUUGUUGUCACGAGCAGUACAUUAAUCACAGGACUGCUGCUCUCUUCACUGAACAUUAAUACAUUUGUUUAUCUGCCCUGGACCAGGACAUCAAACCAAGAAAUAUUCCGGAGAAUCAAAAUCUGGUUCAAUUGGCUGUCCUUGUAGUUUGCAGCAUGAUGGUUGGAGUUCUCUACAGUAUAGUUACAGGCUUUUCUAAGAAGGACGAUGCAGCUGCUGCUGUGGGGAUUGUAGCACUGCUGGGAAUAGUAUUUACCAGUUUGUGCAUCUUCAUUUGCUGGAAGAAUAACACAGACCAAGGAACUAAUUGGAUACCCAAAAGGAUCUUGAUGUUGCGGCCCAUCUGUAUCACUUGCAUAAACUUUAUAGUCUUCAUUAUCAUCACUGGUAAUGUUUUGUCUUCAGCUCUUUCAUUGGAUGGCAAUGCAGCUGUUGCUGUGUUAAUCACAGGGUUGAUGUUGCCAUUAAUGUUUCUUAUUCCAUUGAUGUAUCUGCUUCUGAAGCCAAAUUUAAACAAAGCUUUGAGAGUCAGAAGAUGGUUGUCUAUCUAUAACCCUAUUUUCCUUUUUGUCGUCUUCAUUACUAUGAUUUCCUGGAUGGUGAUUACAGGCUUUGCACAAGAAGACAUUGUAAUUGUUACGUCGUCGGUUAUGGGAUUGGUACUUUCUGCAGCAAAUGCUAUUACAUUUCUCUUUUGGACAUGGAAAGAAUUCCCAGGAGAAAAAUGCUGGAGGUGGUCCCUGAAUAUUUGUAACAUUGUGUCUCUUGUCAGCAUCCUCAUUGCCUUCAUUUGCUGGAUUGUAUUCAAAGGUGAACGUUGUGACAGCAACAUUCCAACCUGGAUCCUUCUCAUCGCCUCAAUGCCCGGAUGUGUAAUAACAUUAUUCAGGACAUUUCUAAUUUGGCACUGCAAAAGCAAAGAAACUAACACAGACAGCAACGCUGAAGGAGAACAGGAUAACAGAGAAAUGAAUGAAUUACAAAAUAUGAACACACGUCUUGAAGCUGAACCUCAAUAAGAAGGAACACAACACCCAUCAGUUUCACUGUGAGGGCAGGUUCUGUGUCCCUGCUGCAGACUGGAGCCUGGAAAAUCCUUCCCUCCAACAGUGGGGAACAUGGUGCUCUGCAGCUGUAACUUGUCUCACCCUCAGUGAGAAAAACACUGCACUCAUUUCAGCUUUUGGCUCCUGGUGAGAAAUUGGAUUCUUUGUGUUCCAACAAAAUUGUCAUCAGCAUUGGAAUCAUUGUUACACAUCAGUGAUAGCCAUUUUCUUCUCUAAUUUGCAAAUAUAUGCCAUUCCUUCUUGACUGACCUGAGAGGGGUUAUAGGGUCAUACAACACAGAAUGGGCCCUUCAGCCUGCUAGGUCCAUUCCAAGCUUUAUGUCUGUCUGUACUAAUCCAAUUUGUGUCAUUCUGGGGUCAAUGUCAAAUUUGACCUCUCUUUCUCUGGUUUGAAUUGUUUGCUGUACAUCAAAAUGAAGAUUGCAUAGUUUCUACCCUAGGCUUGUGUUGACUACCAGACUAGCCAAACGCCCUCCAACACUGAGUGUUCUGUGAAGAAUCCUGUCUUUGGCCAAGUUUCAGCUGUGUAUUGGAAAGUGCACAUUUUGAAAUCAGACUCAAAAAAGCAGAAUUUGAGCCCAGUAAAAACUUUCCCUGUUAAAA